AAGAGCAAAAAGAGGAGAAGAGGGGUCUGGUCUCAGGGACACACGCAAUCUCACUCCCAUUUCCUCUCUCUCUUUUGUCUCUUUCUCUCUUUCUUCUAACAAAGGAAAGCUCUUUCCCCAAAGAUCCAGUUUUUUUUUUUGACGAUCGGUCGCUGUCGAAUUUUCAGACAACGUUCUAGAGAGAGAACAGAACAUGUCGUGUUCAUCCUCGUCUGGAUCAGAAGGAGAAGAAGAAGGUUUCGAUUCUUACCGCAAAGGUGGUUAUCACGCCGUCAGGAUCGGCGAUCCUUUCUCCGGUGGUCGUUACAUCGCUCAGCGAAAGCUUGGCUGGGGUCAAUUCUCCACCGUCUGGCUUGCCUUCGAUACUCAAUCCUCUAGCUAUGUUGCGUUGAAGAUUCAGAAGAGCGCACAGCAGUUCGCUCAAGCCGCACUUCACGAAAUCGAGUUCCUUUCCGCUGCUGCUGACGGAGACCUCCAAAACACCAAAUGCGUCGUCCGUCUCAUCGACCAUUUCAAGCACGCUGGUCCCAACGGGCAGCAUCUGUGCAUGGUGCUCGAGUUUCUCGGCGACAGCUUGCUCCGUUUGAUCAGAUACAACCGUUACAAAGGUCUGAAGAUGGAUAAAGUCAGGGAGAUUUGCAGAUGUGUGCUCACUGGUUUGGAUUACUUGCACCGCGAGCUCGGUAUGAUACAUUCCGACUUGAAACCUGAGAAUAUUCUCCUCUGUUCCACCAUUGACCCUGCCAAAGAUCCGGUUAGAUCCGGGUUAACUCCAUUACUAGAGAAGCCUGAGGGAAACGCAAACGGUGGUGGUGGUAGUUCCACUAUGAAUCUGAUUGAGAAGAAGUUGAAGAGGAGAGCUAAGAGAGCCGUUGCUAAGAUAUCGGAGAGGAGAGUCUCAAUGGUUGGUGGAGAAGCAUCGUCGAAGACGGAGAGGAGUCUCGAUGGGAUUGAUAUGAGAUGCAAAGUUGUUGACUUUGGUAACGCUUGUUGGGCUGAUAAACAGUUUGCUGAAGAGAUACAGACGAGACAGUACAGAGCUCCUGAAGUGAUACUGAAGUCAGGGUACUCCUUCUCUGUUGAUAUGUGGUCUUUUGGUUGUACUGCUUUCGAGCUUGUCACGGGGGAUAUGCUGUUUGCUCCUAAAGAAGGGAAUGGUUAUGGAGAAGACGAGGAUCACCUUGCUCUUAUGAUGGAACUCCUUGGGAAAAUGCCUCGGAAGAUUGCUAUUGGUGGAGCGAGGUCGAAAGACUACUUUGACAGACACGGAGAUUUAAAGAGAAUCCGGAGGUUGAAGUAUUGGCCGCUUGAUCGGUUGCUGGUGGAUAAAUACAAGCUUCCUGAAGCAGAAGCAAAGGAGUUUGCGGAGUUUCUGAGUCCGGUUCUUGAGUUUGCGCCAGAGAAACGACCAACUGCUCAGCAGUGCUUGGAACAUCCUUGGAUGAAUAAUGUAGUAAGUACACAGAACAGUGCAGCAGAUAAUGUAGAAUCCCAAGUGAGGAACUUGAAGAUCAAAGGAUGAAAGAAGAAACUCUCAACUUCGUCUUCUUUGUUUCUUUCUCUCUCCUUCACACCUUUGCUCGUGUUCUUCUUUUUGAACAACUUCGAUAUUUUUGUAUGCUUUUUUAUGUUUUGUGUCGCUGUUCUUUGAUUUUUUGGGAAUUAUGUUUAGUGGUUAAGCAUCGAUUUCAUUUGUUGCUUACAAGGAAUUGUAUUGUAAUGAAUGGUUUAUUUGACUAACAAGGAAACAUAUAUACAUUCUUUUGCUUCA